AUGUAUAAUUCACGACUAGUAAAAACCUGAGCAAAAAAUUCAAGUACGAGGUUAAAGUUUUUACUUUUUGUUCCCUAUAUUCAGCACAAAAAUAAAAACGUUUUGAACACUUCCAUGUGACGUGUUUACCAAAAGCCACAUUUAACGAAUGAUCAUUAUUUAUAUCAGGUCUGGGUUUUAUUGAGCAGUUGAUUUGUUCAAGGAACUAAAAAUAUUACGUGCCUUUUAUUACCGUCUAAUGACAUUUUUAAGGUGGAGGGUUGGCUAUAAGUCACGCUCGGACCCCGAAAAGAAGCGAACCUCCUUCUGCUAGUAAUUACAUGCAAGUCGAGCCACGCGUAGGGUUCACCCCUAGCCCCUGCUCCAACAUCACGCGAUGUAAAAGCCUUCGCAGUACAAGAUAUUUUAAAACCAGUAGCUCGAUGUUUGUUCGACAAACAAACUUGCUCAUAAUCGAAUCUUCAAAUUCUCAUCGAACUUUGGCUAUCCCGAUGUUGGAGUUAUACAACUCCUUAUUUAACUUCGGGAUGAAACUUCGACAAAAGCAAGGACUUGUUCUAUUUACAUCGUUACUUGUAACAUACGAAACCCAGUCCGAUCUAAACAUAGUCGCGUCAAGUAUAAAGUGUACAUCACACGAUAAAGUAACUAUUUGUGUGGCUGUUUUGUAACGUAAAGUUGAUUUUACCGUCAGUGUACAGUCUUCUCUGAGAGUUUUAAAGGCACAUAAUCCAGUCGUUACAAAAAGUCGACACUGCGAUAAAACGUGCAAUAAGAAUGGGUCGGUAUAAGCACUAUAGUGUAGUUUUCAUGUGUGUAAGCGGGCAGCGGGCAGCGGGCGAGCUAGGCUAGCGCAGGGCCCGUCGACUUGUCCUCAACUCGGUAGCCGUGGCCGGUUCUCGGCUCGCCGCUCUAGUACGGCACGGGCGGAGUCAGGCAGCGGACGCGCGCCGCCACAACCCGGCGCGCGCAUACACACGAACAUAACUCAUAACAUUUGAUAAUACAAACUUUUUGACCGGUGUGUUUACUGACUGUGUUUACUGGAUUGAGUGCACAUUGAGUGACUUAGCUUAGUGAGGGAUUUGGCGGGAGUCUGGAGCGAAAGUGGCAGGACAGAGGCGCGAGCGCGCCCUCUUUUACAUAAUCGUUGAUAACUGGAGCUUUCGUAAUUGUUGCGUGAUAACAGUGGAGUAGUAUAACGGUAGCCGUGCCUCGCAAAGGAUGAGGAAUAAGCAACGAUGCUGGCGACGCUCCUUGUACCCAGACAUACUCAAAUCAACAGGAUGACGUUCGCCUUGGCGCUGGUGGUUGUGUGCUGGGCGGUAGGCGCGCGCGCCGGCGAGCCGGUGUUCGACCCCAGCACGCUGAUGCGGCUCGUGCUGGUCCCAGCAGACGUCCCCGUCGGCUCCGUCAUCUACCGCGUGCGCGCCUCCGACCCUGACUUCGAUUAUCCGUUGCAUUUUGAACUCAUUGGUCAAAUGGGUCGCCUAGACAUUGGCGUGGAGACUCUCCCCUGCACGCGCUACAACUCGGUGUGCCAAGCUAACAUCAUUCUGCUGCGGAGGCUGGAGCCUGGUCGCUACGUGGACUUCAGACUGUCGGUCCGCAACACCAGAGGACGCAGCUCCCGUAUCGCGUGCUCUGUCACUGGAACUAAUGCUACCACGCCUCGGGACACCAUUUUUCCACACCAACCAAGCAUCAUUUUGGUGCCUGAGGACGCCAAACGUGGGACCGAUCUCGAGAUAGUAAUCGCGAGAAAAAACCCUUUGUCGCCGAAGCCUUUGGAACUCGAACUUUGGGGAUCACCGCUUUUCGCGAUCCGGCAGCGUCGCGUGUCCGCAGAAAAUACCGAAGGGACCAUAUUCCUUGUUGGACCUUUGGACUUUGAAGCCCAAUCUAUGUACCACCUAACACUACUAGCUGUGGACCCAUACAUAGAAAUUGGCAAGGAUACACGCAACAUUGCCGGCUUAGAAGUAGUUGUCGUCGUUCAAGAUGUCCAGGACAUGCCACCGGUCUUCACUGCAGCUCCCCCAAUCACCCACCUGCCAAGACAAGUGGCUCCCGGGGAUAUGGUCGUCAGAGUGAGGGCAGAGGAUGGGGAUAAGGGAGCUCCUAGACAGAUCAGAUAUGGAUUAGUGUCUGAAGGCAAUCCGUUUACACCGUUCUUCAAUAUCAAUGAAACUACUGGUGAGGUAACUCUAGAACGUCCUAUAGAAGAAAUAGCAGCGAUAUCUCACGCUGGGGCACCGAUCCUGCUGACCGUGGUGGCUGAGGAGGUGAGGCUGUCUCGAGAGGAGCCUGAAGCCAUGUCCUCGACCGUCCAGCUCGCUUUCAUAUUGCCUGAAAGAGAAAACUCGCCACCGUACUUUGAGAAUCAGUUCUACAUCACCUAUUUGGAUGAGAAUGCUCCUCAAGGUACAGCGCUCACGUUCAACGAUCCUUACAUACCGCAAGUGAACGAUAACGACGCAGGCAAAAACGGCGUGUUCUCACUGUCACUAGUCGGUAACAAUGGAACCUUCGAGAUCACGCCAACCGUCGCCGAGAGACAUGCGCAGUUCAUCAUCAAAGUACGAGAUAAUGUCUUGCUUGAUUUUGAAGCUCGCAAGUCUGUCGUUUUUCAGAUCUUGGCUCAAGAACUUGAUCCCUCAACAAAUCUAUCAGCGACUGCUAACGUGACAGUUUACCUGAACGACGUCAACGACAACCCACCAAUCUUCUUGGCACAGUCCUAUGAUGUGGAACUGCCUGAGAAUGUAACAGCCGGUACCAGGGUUGUACAGGUCGCGGCCGAUGACGUCGACACCGGUGCCUUCGGAAAAAUACAGUUCACUGCCAUAUUAGGAUACCUCAACACAUCCCUACACUUGGAUCCUUUGUCAGGAGUGAUAACUGUAGCCACUAAUAAUCAUGGCUUCGACCGCGAAGCGAUGCCAGAUCUGCAUUUCUUAGUAGAGGCUAGGGAUAAUGAUGGAGUAGGUUUAAGAGUAACAGUGCCAUUAAUUAUUAAGUUAUUAGAUGUUAAUGAUAACCCACCAGAGUUUGAGAGGUCGCUUUACGAGUUUGUACUGUCACCGAGCUUAAAUAAUUUCACUUCGGCGGCAUUCGUAAAGGCAGUUGACAAAGACUCCGAACCACCAAAUAAUGUAGUCAGAUAUGAAAUAAUACAGGGAAAUGGAGAUGGGAAGUUCGCAAUCAAUGAGGAAACAGGUGAACUGUAUCUUUUAGAAGCAUUAAAAAGAACAAAGAAACAAAAUGUUCAUAGACGAAGAAGACAGUCUGACGACCAACAAGAGAGUGAAGUGUUUGUGCUUACCAUUAGAGCUUAUGAUCUAGGUAUCCCUAGACAAUCUUCUACCACAUUAGUAAAAAUAUACCCUCCUGAAAGUAAAACUAGGACAAUGUCCUUCAUAGUACCCGGUGCUAACCCUGAUAAAAAGAAACUGGAAGAAGUAUUAAGUACUCUCUCUGGAGGGAAAGUAACUAUAAUUGAUAUAAAACGUUAUGAAGGUGGUGCAACAGAUUUGAAUGGUCAAGAGUCUAGUCAAGAAAAAAGUGAGGUUAUCGCCGUGGUUCGAAUGUCUGGCAAUGCGGCCAUAAAUGUGGCCAAGCUGCAGGAACAACUUGCAAAGAACGUGACGGUGUACACAACUGGGACCAACUCAGGCGGAGUUAUCAACACUGGCACAGGGACCAAUAAUGGGAACAAUGGUGCUGGUUCAGGGAAAAAUGAUCAUGCUAACACUUCUGAUAGUAAUGAUUCUGGUGUAUAUAGAGCAGAAAGCCGAUUGUUGUUUUGGCUACUCAUACUGCUGGCAAUAUUAGUAGCAUUAGUACUGUUACUUCUUAUAUGCUGUUGCAUAUGUGAAGGAUGCCCACUUUAUAUGCCUCCAAGGAAAAGAGUGAUACGUGUCAACUCCACAGAGGACGACGUGCAUUUAGUGGUGCGCGACAAGGGACUUGGGAGGGAAAACAAGUCGACGCAAAAUAUAGAAAAUAAGUCUGUACAAGCUAAUGAGUGGAGGAGGCGCGAGGCGUGGAGUGCCGAACAGGCAGACUUGAGGACCAAACCGACGCAGUGGAAGUUCAAUAAGAGAAACUAUAGAUCUAACAAACACCCUUCUAAACCAGCUUCAACGCCGGGAGACAUCCACCAAGAGUUCGUACACGCGGCUACUGAUAAUGAUUACAGAUAUAAUGACAAUCGUCAAUCAUUUCGUACGAGAGAUGGACCAAAUAUUAUUUACACAAAAGAAAUGCAACUACAAGACGCGUUUGCAAACAAACACAAAGAAUACAUAGAAGACUUAGAAAAUGGAUACGAUAGAAUCGCUACAUUGCAUUAUCAACGCAGGGAACAAGACGAUGAUUCUAUUCGUAGGCACGAAAUAGAUCGCGGCUCUGAAGUCGGAGUCUUCCUCAAGUCUGAUGCUGACAAAAAUCUUAACGACAAGACUGAUAAUAAAAUUAAACUUGAAUAUCAAGACAAAGUCCGCGCCCCAUCUUCUCAAGGCAGAGAUCAAUAUUUUAUUAAAGAAGGAAAUACAGAAAUAUUGCGAUUAGUAACUAGAGGUAAGAAUGAAGAAGAACGCUAUGUGAACCUUCCCGUUCCGCAACAAAGGCCGGUUACGUUAAUACCACACACACAAUACGUUGUUGUGGAUAGCGGUAAAAAUCUACUUAUGGAAAGGUUUAUCCGAGAACAAGGUGAAGAAGCGAAAAACAUCAGAGAACGAAUGAGUAAAGUAACUGAUCUAGAUAAUGUUUCAAAUGGUAAGGAUGCUAAAAGUUAUGGACAAAGAUCACAAGUAGGAAGUGAUAUCCAAAACCAGUAUCAUGAAUAUUCUAAUCUUCAUCCGGAAGUUCCCGGUACAGUUCCUCUGAAAGCAGACUACUUACAAUCUGCGCUAUUAGAAAUGCAAAAUAAAUCAACUAUACACCAGGAACUAUUAGAGUCGUCUUUACGAAAACAAAAUGAACUUCUACAUCAAAUACUCAUUGAACGUGAGAGAAUGUUGCAGAAUCAAGAAACAGCCUCUCAAGUAGAAAGUAAACUUGAAACACAAAGUUUGCCGGGGCAUUCUGUUAUGGCGACUCAAACAGAAUGUCACAUUGGUACUCAAACAGAGACGGAGCUUCUCAAACCAACACGAAGAAAAGCAAGAAGCGACAAUGAUUCAUACAGCGAAGAUGAAUCAGAAAUGGUACUCGAAGAUGAAACAAAGAAGGUAGCCUGGGUUAAAAAGAAAAAGCCUAAAAAGAAAUUAAAACACAAAGAUCCCAGACGAAGUAUACGAGUCUAUGAUUUAAGACGGAAAAUAAAAACACCUAUUCUUGAAGAAAGCGAAGUGUCCCCUUCAUUAGAAAGUGAAAAACAUGUAAAAAUAAGUAAGACUAAUGAAAGAGAGGAACACAUCAAAAAUUAUGGUGAUAUGACCAAAAGUACGGUAACAACUUCUAAGAAUGAAACAGUUUCUUCUACGCAGAUAAAAGUAUCGGACGGUGACAGAAAAUCCCGACUAAGGAGAGAAGUUUUAAUGGAAAUUUCAGAUUCACUGGAAGAAAAAGCGGAAUCAGACAUAAGUGAUCGAAGGCAGAGGUUACAAAAACAAUCCUCUUUAACAUCCGAUGAUGUGCUUAAAAGUCCUCUCGCCAUUGAGCAUGAAAGUAAUGAAAGUAAGAGUAGAAGUAGUUCUGCGUCAAAAGACCAUAGAAAUUUAGUAUUCUCAAGGCAAGGAUCAUCAACUGAAGCACGAGAAAAUGCAGAACUUUCGCCAAGUAAAGUCAAAUCACCCGACCAUGAUGUACAGUCAACCAAGUUAGAUAGUUCAAGUAACUUAGAAUCUAGUAGCAAAAGACUUAAUGAAGCUAGUGAGUCAACAAAGUCAUCCGACAACGCUAAACCUACACAAAAAAGUUUGCCCAGGUAUAUGCAAUGGUAUGGAAAGAAAUCUGCUCCAGCUAAAUCAACAAAUGAAAAAGCUAUUCCCAGUAAGCCAAAACGAUUGUCGAAAACAAAAAACGACGAUGAUAAAGACAAGGUUGGCCGUUACGGGAAAAUUAUGAGCAAGGACAAUCAGGGCGAUUCAGAGGCAAAAAAAAACUUCAAAUCAAAAGAAAGUGAAUUUAUACAUCCACGAAUAUUGAAAGAAGAGAAAGUCACUCCUGUACCGGAAGGCCCCUUACCUGAUGUCCAUCCUUUACUUCAACACUCUGAACAUAGAUAUGAGCAUCAAUACGAAAACCAAAAUCCACUUUGUUACAUACAGCCAACGCAUAUUCCUAAAUACCUUGGUCAGCAACCGAUGCCUCGAAAACAAGUACCUGAACAACAACCAAUUUAUGUAAAUCAGGAUGAUGUUAUAGACCCAAAACAAGACAUAUCAGAAAGUGCUCUAACACAUAGUAUAUCAAUAUCGACUAGUUACGAAGAAGAGCGAAAAAACCCUGAAGUGCAUGUGUCCAAAAUCAACAUCGGAGGCGAUAAUGUUCCUGAUAUAAGUCACAGAAACGUGACGUCGAAGAUUGACGACAACGAUUCAGGUAUUGCGAUGAAUACCUUAGUGCAGCAAAACAAUAUGAAGAGGUUGCCAAUUACGGAGAAGAAGAGUGUAUUCACGAUCGCUUACGACGAUGUUCAGACCAAACAACUUCGACCAGACAGCAGUUCUACUUCCUACUAAUUCUUUAAAACCUUUUCCGUCGAUGAGUGCCUUAAAAUCAUUACGUAAUUAGAUAAGUCUCAAAUUAAUGACUUUGUGUAUUUCUGUAAUCCGUCCGUCACAGUAUUUAAUAAUUUGAUAAAAAAAGUUAAUGUAUUUUUACGCUGAUACUUGGACUUCCUUUUAGCUAAUAUCCAAGAACCUAGAAUACUUUAGGAUAAGCUAGUUUCGUUAAACGUAUUGGAUUUUAGCUAAAAUGUUCUAAUUGUCAUGUGAAUUUGUAUGAUAAGUAAAACUUGAUACAACUGCCUUUGUUUAUUGACUGGUAUAAGAUAAUUUUAGAAUAUUUUCCUAUAAUAAUGUAAAUACGUCACAUGUUGAAAGUAUAAUGGAUAAUAUUUAAAUUAAUGGU